CCGACGUCAUUUGGAUGAGCGGGACGAACCCGGCGACCCACUACACAAGUUCCUACAUCAAACCUUGAAAAUCGAACUGAAAACAGUCGAACAGGUGUGAGGAUGGCGUCGGAUGAUGUUGCUCAGUUGGCUGACUCGCUGGCCAAGACUCAGGUCGGAGAGGGUGAACUCAGCUAUAAAGGGCAGGGUCUGAAACUGAAUGACGCCCAGUCUGCGGAAGAGAUCGUGAAGGCUAUUCGGGAGUUUAAGGGUUUGCAGGCUUUGCGGUUGGAGGGGAACACUGUUGGAGUAGAGGCUGCCCAGGCCAUCGCUAAAGCACUGGAGGACAAGAGUGACUUUCAGUGCUGCUACUGGAGUGACAUGUUCACUGGCCGCCUGCGUUCUGAGAUCCCUCCUGCACUGAACUCUCUAGGAGCAGCUCUAAUAAAUGCUGGAGCUCAGCUGAAGGUGCUAGAUCUAAGUGAUAACGCGUUUGGUCCUGAUGGUGUGAAGGGCAUUGAGAAGCUGCUGAAGAGCACUGCUUGUCACACACUGCAGGAACUGCGCCUCAACAACUGCGGCAUGGGCAUAGGUGGAGGGAAGAUCUUGGCAGCAGCACUAACAGAGUGCCAUAAGAAGUCGAGCGAACUUGGUGCCCCCCUGAGCCUGAAGGUCUUCGUUGCAGGCAGGAACAGGCUGGAGAAUGAUGGUGCCACAGCACUGGCACAGGCCUUUCAGUUAAUGGGCAGCCUGGAGGAAAUCCACAUGCCUCAGAAUGGCAUCAACCAUCCCGGAGUGACGGCUUUGGCCAGUGCUGUGCAGCACAACGCACAGCUCAGGGUGCUCAACCUCAACGACAACACCUUUACUAAGAAGGGUGCUAUUGCCAUGGCCCAGGCACUGAAGCAUCUACGCAGUGUGCAGGUGAUAAACUUCGGGGACUGCCUGGUUCGGUCUGAGGGAGCCAUCGCUAUAGCCGAGGCUCUAACAGACGGACUUCCAAUUCUCAAGGAAUUAAAUCUGUCAUUUGGAGAGAUCACAGAGGAGGCAGCACUGGCAGUUGCAAAAGCUGUUGAACGCAAAGAUCAACUAGAGAAACUCGACCUUAAUGGUAAUUGUUUAGGUGAGGAGGGGUGUCAGAACCUUCAGGAGCUGAUGCAGAAUAUGAACAUGGAAGACAUGCUGGGGUCUCUGAGUGAUGAUGAAGGAGAGCCAGAGGAAGAUGAUGAUGAAGAUGAUGAUGAGGAGGAAGAGGAAGAUGAAGAGGAGGAGGAAGAUGAUGAUGAAGAUGAGGAGGAGGAGGAAGAGGAAGAUGAAGAAGAGGAAAAUGAGGAAGAGGGAGAAGAUGAGCCCAGCAAACCCAGUCAGAUGUCGACUCCUCCUUCAGCUUCUCGGCCUCCAGAUGUUUCGUCCUUCCUCUGUUUUCCAUCUCCAGACAAACUUCUCCGUCUUGGCAGCAAGAGAGCUGAACUCAUCCAGCAGCAGGUGGAUGUGGCGGAUGUGGGGAAGACUGUAGAAGCUUUCCUGAAGAUUUCAUCUGUGUAUAAGGAAGAUGACCCUGAGGUGAAAACAGCAGUGCUUGAGAGCAUUGAUGCUGUUCUGAGGAAAAUGUUUUCCUUGCCAUCAGCCCAGACCUUCAGCUUUAUCUCCUCAUUACUAGUGAUGCUUGGGUUAUUAAAGAGUGAGGAUAAAGUGAAGCCAGUGGCAGUAGUAGCAGGACAUCUGCAGUGUUUGGAGCACGCAGUGAAGCAGGACUAUUUCCCCCGAGAGCACAUCGCUGUACUGCAUGCGUUUAUGGCCAGGUACAAACAUACUCAGUCACACGCAUGUUCGUCUGCUUUACACUGACCAAACAAAUCAUUGGAGACGUGCGUCAGCGCUCGGGACAGCCUGAGAUCCACACUGCAGAGACUCCAGCCAGAGAGCUAAAAGGACAUCCACACCCUCACAAGCUUACACGCACACACGGCUGACAAAUAUUUGGACAUUUUUCUGCUCAUUUGACUGGACUUAAACUGUAAGAAGAGCUCAGCUAUGGCGGACAGAAUUUGACAAAAAGGGAUUCAGGCUACUAGGAAGACAUUCAGUGGCUAUUAAUAAUGCCAGUCUCUGACAACUGCUGGAUUACACUGAAAGCCAUUCAGAAUUUGAGCUUUAAAUGACAGCCUGUCAUUGUUGGCUUUUUUUUUUAAAACUAAUUAAACAACAACUCUUAGCACUGAAGAUGAACCUAACUGGAGCUUUUAGCUGUUGUCAAAAACUUGACUCUGCAAGUCUGCUGUUGUUUGAGGACAGUGGUAAUUCUCUUGUGUUGUAGACAGGUCUCCACCAUUUUGGUCUUCAUGGCAUUCACUAGCUUUUCUGUAGCGAUAAGUUAAGUUCUUUAGCGUGUACACUGGCCAUCAAAAACUGGGAGACAUCUCGCCUUCUAUUGCAAUUUGAAUUUUACCACUAUUUCUGGCCCAUACAUCACUGUUUGUUUUAUGGCCCAAAAGUUAUUUAAGCACCUGAAAUCAAAGUUUCAUGUCUUAUAACAUUUCUAUAGACCUCUGUAGUCGUGUCGUCAAAAUGUUCCAAACCUGAUAGUUUUUUCCGUGCCGACAUCCAGAUGUCACUGGAUCAUUUGAAUUACAAGGUCAGUAAGGAGACGAAAUACAGAGCUAGUUAGUUAAAUAACAGACUUUCAUACAAUGUUGUUUCAGUGUCGUUUCAGUGCUCAAGAGCAUUAGCUUGGUCAUGGCAUGUACGUAGCCUUACUCUGAGUGCUAAAGGCCCUUGUGAUUCAGUGGGGAGAGACAUCCAUGAGCCAAAAUGUAUCAGGUUUGGAAAACUUGUUCAUCACAUGAUGCAAUUUAAAAAACAAUAUGUUCCUAAUUAUAGGCAUUAUAACUUUAGAGGUCAAUAUCUAAGCACUCAGUCUUAUAAGCACUCGUAAGCCAUUAAAAUGCCCAUUCCAAAAUCCGCACUGCUGAUUGGCUGUCUAAACAAUGUUAUUAAUGUCAGCGUUUCUUGAUUAUGCUCCAGUGCAGUUGAAUAUGCGCACCUCCAGCACCUGUGUCAUUCCUGCAUUAAGCAUAGUUCAUUUUGAACAAUACCCGGUUGUUACAGUACAUUUUUCAAUUACCUAAAAUAUGUAAUAUAUUAAGUAAUUGAUAAAUGACAAAGGAGACAUGUAUUGAACAUUUUUAAAGGCUAGUGUGCCCCAAUCCCCCCACCCCCCACCCCUCUGGGCACUGUAUAUCCAUACACCAUGCCAAAAAUGCCUUUUUAUAAAUUUUUCAAAUUAGAUGUGAUUGUACCUUUAAUGUAUGGGCUGUUUCAUACUUUUAUGUGGAUGUGAAUUUCAAUGCAUUAUACGUAGCUCACUGUGUGGUUUCUUUAAAGACAUUCUAUAAUACCAUUAUAAAACAAAUGAUUGUCAUAAAUAAAUGAAUAAAUGUCAUAAUGGGCUGACAUCCA